AUGGCAAAAAGUAUAUUAAAGGAUAAUCAAAAUCAUACCGUCCCAAUACUUCGUGGAGAUAAUAGUAAUAACAACAAUAGUAACAAAACUGAUGAAUCAAGAAUUUCAAUAAAUUUAAAUCAAAACAACAACAACAACAAUAAUAAUAAUCGACGCGUUUCAUUUGCUCGUGAAGUCACAUUACAUAAGAUUGAUUAUGUUGAGAAUCCUAAUAAUAAACGACGUAAGACUGAUAUUGGGAUUACUUAUCAAGAUUAUGGAGAAUCUUCUGGUAAUGAUUUAAAUCUGGAAAACUAUCACCAUAAUAAUAAUGAUAAUAACAAUGGUAUGAAUAAUAUAAAUGAACAAGAUGAGCACGAAGAAGAAGAAGAAGAACAUGAACAAGAACAGGGUGAUGAUACCUAUGGAGAAAAAAUGCUUGUUGAUAGUUCUGAUGAAGAUGAACAAGAGGAAGAAGAUCAUGUUAUAGACGUCAACAACAACGACCGACGAGAUCAUGAAGAACAGACUAUGGAAUUAACGAGUGUUGGUGUACCAGAAUACAUUCCUCCCGUAAUUGAUGAUGGCAAAGCAAGCACAGAUCAACAGUACCAUAGGGUAGUAGUCGUAGAAGAAGAAGAAGAGGAGGAGGAGGAAGAUAUGGAAUUGACAGAAGGAAUGCCUCGAAAAAUUGAAUAUAGUUCUCCCAAGGAGACCAAUGUAGAUGAUCAAAAUAAUGACGAUGAAGAUAUUACGAUGGAUGUUACAAAUGUAUUAUCACAUAUUCGUCAAAGUGCGAAUCAAAAUCAAAAUUCAGUACAAGAUAAUGCUCAUAGUGAAAAUAAGGAUCCUCAAAAUGUUGAUGAUACUCAGCCAAUGGAAUUGACUCAAACUUUUGAGAAUAUCACCCGAUCAAGUAUUGAGAAACCAGUUCUUCAAGAAGUUAUUGAAGAACAAGAAUUGGAGGGUGGUAUAGAACAACAUGGUUCAGAAAAUAAACCAGAGGUGAAAGAACAAGUAAUCGAUGAUGUUGUCAAUACAGAGCCAGAAGAAGAAAAUGAAUUAGAUCAUCAAAUAAUUGAUAAUGAUAAUAGGGAAGAGAACAAACCUAGCAAUAUAUCGUCUAAUGAUUUUUCCGAACAUAUGGAUCUUACUAUUGUUGAUUAUAAAAAGAUUGAUUAUAAUGGACCAAUUCCUGAGAUUCCUAGAGGUGAUGGAUUUGAUAAUGGAGAAUUAUCUUUUGCUAUGGAUUUGACAGAAAUUCAACUGUUUGUUUGUCCUCGCAAUGAUAAGGAGAAUCAAGAUGAUAAUGAAACUGGAAUUGAUGAAGUAGAUGCCAAUGCCAUUGCCAUUGCACAAGAAAUACAACCAAAUGAAGAAGGAAAAAUAAGGGAGAAUGAAAUUACGGAGAAUGAUGCUAUGGAAUUAACACAAACCAUUCCCAUGAAAAUAUUAGAUUCAAAUGAAGACACCAACUCAAUCUCACAACCAUUGGAAGAAUCAAUACCUACAAGUAAUAAUUUACCAGAUGAAUCAUUAUCACAACCAAUGGAACUUACUCAAAUUGAUUCUAAAAUCACCACAGGAAAAGAAUCUGAUUUAGGUGAAGUGUCUCAACCAAUGGAUCUUACUCAAACAACUUCCAAUAUAUCACAUGAUGAUGAAAUCAAUACAUCAGGGAUUGAAGAAAGAGUGACAACGACUACUAUUCCACUUGCUGAGAUAACUCAAGAUGAUAUUAAUGAAGAAGACGAAAGAGAAGAAGGAAAGACUGAACCACAAGAAGAAAAAGAAGAAUCAUCUGAGGAAGACGAUGAGGAUGAUUCAUUUGAUGAAGAUGAUCCAAAUUAUAUACCUGUUUCAUUAUCGAAAUUUUUAAGUGAUAUUAGAGUACAAUUUUAUGAUGAUUUAGAAUUGGAUCUUAAUUCUAUACCCCGAUUAAGUAUAACCAAUUCUAUUGAAUUAACCCCUAGUUUGCAUGACUAUAUUAAAGCUAAACCAAAUUUAGAAUUAUUGGAAUUAUAUGAAUUUUGUUGUCAUGAAUUAAAUAAAAAAAUCAUUCAAGGACGAGAAUUAUAUAAUGAAUAUGAAAAAACUGUUAUCAUAAAUAAUCCUAUAUUAUUUAAAAAAUAUUAUUCAAUGGAUGAUAAAACCAAAUUAUUAAUUAAUUUAAAAAUUCAAUUAAUUCGAGAUUUUGCUCGAUUGAAAAGUAAAAAAACUUGGUAUGAUUGGAGAAAUCAAUUAAUAGAAAAUUUAAUUGAUAAAUUAAAUGAAGAAAUAAAUUCAUUAAUUAAUGAUAAACAAUUAUUAAUUGAAGAUAUAAAUCGAUUAAAUGAAUUAUAUGAUAAAUGUCGAAUAUAUUUAAACAUAUUGAAUAAUAAAUUUAAUGAAUUAAUAAGAUUGAAAAAUGAAAUUAAACGAAUCCCACCAAUUGAAUUAAAUAAAUUACAAUUAGAUGUUGCUAAAAGGAAACAAGAUAUUGUUGAAAUUAAUAAAGAAAUUGAAAUUAAAUUAUUACAAUUAUCAACUAUUAAAAAAAAUUUACAUGAUAGUAAUGAAAAAAAAUCAUUAUUACAAAUUCAAUUAAAUAAUUUACAAAAUGAAUUUAAUCAAAUUCGAAAAUAUGAUAAUUUGGAAAUUAAAUUAAUUUUAAGGAAAUAUCAAUUUUUACAAAAUUUAACAAAUUUGAAAUAUUUAAAAACCACCCAAAAAGAACAACAACAACAAGAACAAGAACAAGAACAAGAAGAUAGAGGUCAUAAAAUAUCUUUUUUAUUUGAUGAUUCAAUUAUUUGUCAAUUUGAUUUUAUUAAUAAUAAAAUAAUGUAUACUAUGGAACAAAAUAAUUUCAAAAAUAAAUCUUCAUUAAUCGGGGUAUUCGAUCAAAUUAUAAUUGAUGGAGAGAAACAACAAGAAUUAAAUAUAAUUGAUAAAUUUCAAUUAUUUUGUCGAAAUUGGCAUUGGUUAAAGAAAUUAGAUUCUGAUUUAUAUUAUGUUUCAUUAAAAUUUCCCAUUGAAUUGAAAUUUGUUCACAACAAUGAAAAAGAAGAAGAAGAGGAAAAGGAAGGGAAGAAAUAUCUUGAAUUUACCAUUAAAUAUUAUAAUUUCAAAUAUGAUUAUAAAUUAUUAAUUUGUGGAGAAAUUGAUAUUAAUAAUUUUGUAAAUAAUCAAUCUAAUGUAAAUCCUAAGAAUAUUGAAUUUACUGGAAGAAUAAUUCAUCAACGAGGUGAAAUUAAUAACAACAAUAAUAAUAAAUCAUUUAGAGAACAAAUUAGUAAUGAUCUUAAAGUAUUUGAUAAACAAAUUUUGAAUAAUCUAAUAAUUGUUAAUAAAUAA